AUGGCGAGCGCACCGUUCCAUCAUGUCGGGGCAGCGCAUCGCUCGAACCUGACGGUUCUCCUCACAGCCAACUCGGUGCAGCUCGUCGAUGGGCAUUCCGAUGGGAGCUUCAAGACGUACGCGAUACCUACCACCGUCUUUGUCCCGCAACCUACACUACCCGACCAAUCAGAUGCAGCGCGAUACGCCGACAACCCUCACAUCAGCUUUGCUCGCCUCGCUAGCUUUUCGCACUCGGAUCAAUUUCUCGCUCUCACGGGAGACGACAAGGUGCUGCGAGUAUGGAAGCUUGAACGAACCGCAGAUGGAGGCAUCUCUGGCUUCGAGUUUGGCAAGGAAAUUGUGGUCAAGCUCUUGCCAAAGAGAGCCGCUGUGCUUCACUGGAUGCCGCCGGGCGACUCGACACCAAGUGGAUCGGAGGAGCUCAUAUGCAUCGAUCGAUUCGGUGAUGUACGCAGCUUCAUGAUCAACGAGAACGAUGUCCGCACAUUGCCGUCUGCGAACAAAGCGGAAGGCGCGGCGGCUGACGAGCAGGACGAGAUGGACUCGCCAACCGAUGCUUCUAUGCAGAUCCUUUUGGGCCACGUCAGCAUGGUCACCAGUCUCGCCUUUAUCCCAGCGUCGAAGCCGAGGGCGCCUCCUGCGUUCAUCAUCACCGGCGACCGUGAUGAACACAUUCGCAUCUCCCGCUGGGGCCCCCAACGAAUGGCGUACGUCAUCGACCGAUACUUGCAGGGGUCGGAAGCAUUUGUCGGAGCUCUUGCGGUGGUUUCGGACGAAGAGGCAGGUGGAAAGCUUAGUCUGAUCAGCUCAGAGGGUGGACGGGCUCUGCGAGUAUGGGCGUUGGCGCAACCCGGUGUCGCUUCCACCGACACUCCAUCCGACGAUGCAUGCGUCUCGAUCAACGAACUCAGCUCAGCUUUGGCACCCCAUGUGCUGGCCCGCGAUCGCGAGGAACGCAAAAGAGAAUCGAAAGCGCUCCAGGCAUCGAGCAAACGAAACAAGGCUGCCAAGCGCAAGCAAAACGGCGAUGCACAAACAGCAGAGCAGGCAGAGGUCAAACCGCUUGCAGCGCAAUACUCGAAGGACAGCAAGCCGACGAUCGUCAUCUCGGAUCUACUUCCGUACCAAGACGCGGACUCGAAGCAAUGGUUGUUGAUUGUGGUAGAAGGAGCCACUGCUUUCUUCUCUGUUGCCGUGAGCUCGCUGCUGGCAUCUCUGACUUCCGACGACAAGGUGCGAGACAUUUCGGAUCAGGUCCGAGUCACGCGUGCUUCGGCCCCCAUCCUGCAUCUCACACUGGCUCCCCAUGUUGACGCUGCCGCUUCAGUUUCCGUCAUCGCCACCUUCGACACGCGUCCCGAAUUCUGUUCGGAAACACCGACAACCCAAGCCGAGGCAGAGGUCGGCAUCUUUACCUUGAAUACAUCCGGCGACUUUGAACGACAAGCCAGACCCGCCCUCGUCGACGCCAUCCUACCCGCAACACAGCCCAGCGCCACCACCGAAGUCGAACCCGCCGCACGCGAGCUGCUAGAUCCAUCCAUCGUCGAACACCUCGGCCUGUACCCCGCCCUCACCACCUGGCCCAAGAUCGAGGUCCCUUCAUCGGCCGAGAUCAUCGCAACCCGAUCUUCGCGCAAAGGCCGAUUCAACCACCCGCUCGACACUUCGAUGAUCGGCGUGGCACAGGUGGAGCAGACUAGACCGUCAAAUGCGUCGUCGAAUCCGGAGGCGGACGACGAACAGCGUAGGAAGCUGGUCAAGACCAUGCAGGGCGGCAAGAGGGAACGCGGUCGCGAGAGGAAUCGCGAGGCGAUUCGAUUGGCUCAGGAACAGGCGGCUUCGCAAUGA